AUGGAGAGCCUCAGCAGCAACUCCAGUCCAGUCGACCGUCUCCGUGUGACUAUUAAGCAAACCAAAACAUCUCCUCUCACCAUCACCAGCACGGUCGUUAAUGAAAAUACGUAUCCAGUCACUUUUCUCCUAUACAACUCGCCACUAGAUACAAUUGCGCCAACCAUCGGCCUGCUUACUAUCACGCCUGACGGCGCUCUGCAGCCUCUCGAAUUGCCCGAGAUUCAGAUUCGCAGAGAAUGGCCUCCCAGCCCUGAUUCACUCAUUCAGCUUGGGCCUGGUGAGAGCCAAACCGCAGAAAUAGUUCUCAAGGAUUUCAUCACUUCGCAACUUGACAAAAAGGCGUCAGUUGUUCUAAAUGGUCAUUGGGAUAUGGUAUGGACAAAGCAAAAAGAUGACAUAACAGUCGACAUGAUUGAGCAGGCGCAGGCACAGCCAAAUCCAGACAUGUUUACUGGCAGCUUCGCGACUGAGAGUUUAGAAAUAACCACUGUCUAG